GCCUGGGCCUUCGUGCCAUGGGCAGUGAUGAACCAUGGGUCGCCCGAGUUGGAUUUGCUCCAAACCUUCGAGCGUCUUCCGAUGCCGCUGCUGCGGCCACUGGAAGUCACCGCCCAGCUGCGGUUGCAACGCAGCGCCAGAGGCCUGUGCCGCUUGCUACCACAGAAGUUGGUGCGCAGUAUUUCAGCUGCUCGUUUCAGCGCUGGAGAUUUCAAGAGUCCCUGGCUGCCAGGCGCACGCAUGGUGACGGCGCUGAAUCGCUGCCAGGAGGAAGACGUUGACGCCUGCUUUGCUAUGCUGGCCUCUAGCGGUGACUCGAGGCCCGAAGAUGGAGCCUUGCACAUGGCGGCGGUGCGAAACUUCCUGUCGACCAUGAAGCUCUUGCUCUGUUGCCGGGGCGAUCCCCAGCUGCGCUGUUCCGCCGGGCUGACCGUGCUGGACUCGGCCAUCAACGCCGGCACCGUUGCUGCGGCACAUUUGUUGCUGGAUCAUGGCGCGGGCACGUCGCAGCCGCAGGAUGCACUGUUGGUGGCGGCCGGUAGCCGCUGUCUGGAUUCCCUGGCGCCGCGCCUCAUCAAGGAGUGCUCCGCUGAUGUGGAUGGUGCUAUUGAUCUGGCGGUGGAGAAUGAGGAUGCCACAGUGGUGAUGCAGCUAGUGCAGCUGCCAACGGCGAAGCAAAGGAAGUGGGUUAAGCAAUGGCUGCUGCGACGCGCGGCCGUCAAUGGAGAUACUACCUUAUUGGAGGGCACCCUGGCGCUGCCGGGCCUGGACCUGGACGACGGCGCGGAGAGCUCCGUGGGUCCCGCGCUGCUGCUGGCGGCGGAGGGAGGCCAUGCGGCCGUCUGCCAGAGGCUGCUCCAGAAGCGCGCCGACCUGCAGCGUGCAGCGCGCACGGGGCUGCGGGGGCGUUGGACGGCCACGGAUGUGGCGCAAAUGCAUUCUUCACGUCCGGAAUUUCAAGAGGUGCUGCUGGUUCUGUCCUACUUCGACAAGACCGGCACGGCCGGAACGGCCGAAACGGGACCGCCACGACCAGCGACGGAGCGCGAGGCCAGUGAGGCACUGCCAAAGGUGCAGUAGGACCGUAGUAGCUCGGGGAUGGGUCAAAAUUUGGACCAAAAUGCGG